ACCCCAUUUUCAAGCAACCUGGCCUAGCUAUCUCUGAGCUUGGGAAAUAAAAGCCCUUUUAUUUCUCUAGCUCAUUUUUUUUUUGGCUAGUUGCUUCAUCGAUAAUAAAAGGAAAUGGACAAGGUGCAAAGAAUGACUAGGGAACAUGGAGUGGUGAUAUUCAGCAAGAGUACAUGUUGCUUGUGUUAUGCUGUGAGUAUAUUAUUUCAAGAUCUUGGAGUAAUUCCAUAUGUUUAUGAAAUUGACCAUGAUCCUCAAGGAAAAGAAGUAGAAAAUGCCCUAAUGAGAAUGGGUUGCAAUAAUGCAUUAUUGCCUCUAGUGUUUAUUGGAGGAAAAUUGGUUGGUUCUACUAAUGAAGUCAUGUCACUUCACCUUAAAGGCUCCCUCAUUCAACUCAUCAAGCCUUACAUGUCUGUUUAAAUGCCAAACAAGACCCUAUAUAUACCCAUGUCAAGAAAAGUUUGUUAUUAAUAUUAAUUGGUACUCCUAGGAACAAAGAAAUAAAUUGUUGGGUGGAAGAAGUUGCAGUUUAUAUGUGAGUUGUUGUGAUUAUGUGGUCAUAAAAUGUUAUUUGAUCAUGAUUAGUGAUCUCUUAAGUAUAAGAUAGAUGUGAAGAUGUGUGCCCUAGUUCAAAUUUAAAGAAUGUAUUCUCAUUUGUUUCUCAAUUAAAUGAAGUUAUCAUUAUUACU